AACUCAGCGUGUAGCCCCGGCUGACCUCAAGCUCCGGACAAACCUCUUGUCUCAACCAGUUGAGAUUACAAGUGACCACGCCUCACCGGGCCUGGAAAUAGUUUUGAGCUCAGAGAUCCCUUGAAAAGACUUUGGAGACACCCGUCGGACCUAGUGAACACCCAUUUGGGAAUUAAUCCAAGCAAUUUGCUCUCAGUUUGUCUGACAGCUGCCAGACUAUGGUUACACUUCUGAUUCUGUUCAGCCAACUGCCCAUAGUUACCUUAGCGCUUCCUCGUUACACAAGAGCUGCAAAGGACUCCAGGCAUGCCCCAGAAGAAGUCUUUGCAUCAAAGGAAGAAGCAAACUUUUUCAUACAUCGUCGCCUCCUGUACAAUAGAUUUGAUUUGGAGCUUUUCCUUCCCAGUAACCUAGAAAGAGAAUGCAUGGAAGAGUUUUGCAGUUAUGAGGAAGCCAGAGAGAUCUUCCUGGAUGAACAUAAAACGAUGGAAUUUUGGAAGGAAUAUUCAGUUAAAGGACCAACCCCAAAAUCAGAUAGCAGAAGAGAGAAAAUUGAUGUUAUUCACAUUCUGAUUGGAAUAAUUGCUGGAGGAACACUUUUGGUUACCCUUGGACUGUGUUUGUAUUAUGUCUGCAUAACCAAGUGUAAGAGACAACCACAUGCAGGGGGUUCAGUCGCCUAUGUAAGAAAUGGCAGCUUUUCCAUCAAUCUCAGAAGACCUGAGGAAGCUACCUCGGCUCCAUUGGCGCCAUCUUUGGAGGAUGCUGGAUUACCUUCUUAUGAGCAGGCAAUGGAACUGAGCAGAAAACGCAGCAUUUCACCACCACCACCUUAUCCUGGGCUGGCAAAAGGGUUUAGGGUAUUUAAAAAGUCUAUGUCACUCCCAUCUCACUAAGCUCACCCGGUCAUCUCAAUGUAAGAUAUUUAUGUUAUUCAAAUGGUUUAUUUCUAAACCAAAAAAGACACUGGCUAUUCAGCUCUUUGUGACAAACUUCAAGGAAUAAAGGAAGAAUAAGCAUA